GUAGAUGCUACAUUCAGGAUGUAUUUGUACAAUAAAUACCCGUCGAGAAACAUGUCCUAGUUGAUCUUGAGCAAUUGUUCCUUUCUAUAUCAAAACAGUUGAGAUCAAGGCGACAUCAACCAAGAUUAUGGCUUCAGAACCUCCCUCAGACGCGCAACAAGAAAACGCCUCGCGUAGCUCGACUCCUCAACCAGAUGUCGGAUCCAGAACCCCCACGCCGCUCACUUCCCCAGUCCACUGGCACACCCCAAAGCCGGAACCGGUGGAGAACAGACUCCGUCCAGCAGCAGACAUCAUCAAUCGUAUCAUCUGGGAUGAUGCCCUUGAUGCCUCCAACUAUGUCAUUGGAUACGAGGAUCGAUUUGAGGGGCGUCUGGAGGCUGUUUUCAACUCGUGGAAAAAAGAGACCACCGACGAGGAAUUUAUCCCCCAGCAUCGCAUUCUUUAUAUCAAGCGCAGGUCAGAUGGCGAGGUUGUGUGGGACAGGAGAAGGAGAAUCGAUCGGAUUUUCAUGAGUGGGAAUUCUGCUUUCGAUUAUCUGGCUUUUCUUAGUUGAAUUUACUAGACGUAUGAUGUUUAAGAUGAUGGUACAUAAUAACAUUCCGACUGGUUCAAAUGGGCUAUGUAUUGUGGAGCUUCUGUUUUUCCUACAACUCAAUACCCUAAUGUACGUACAAUUAGUCUCUUUACUUUGCUUCUUAAUCCGCUUUCUCUCCCCCGACCCUGCUGGCUGGAGAGUUUGUCUUGGAGGGUGCAAAUGUCGGGGUUGGUG